AUGGCGUCAGGAGGAGGAGGGAGUGUAGAGUGGCACGUGAGGCCGCCAAACCCUAAAAACCCAAUCGUCUUCUUCGAUAUUACCAUCGGUACCAUCCCUGCUGGUCGUAUCAAAAUGGAGCUCUUUGCUGAUAUUGCCCCUAAAGCCGCCGAAAAUUUCAGGCAGUUUUGCACAGGCGAGUAUAGAAAAGCUGGAUUACCAGUUGGGUACAAAGGAUGUCAAUUUCAUAGAGUGAUUAAAGAUUUUAUGAUUCAAGCUGGUGAUUUUCUGAAGGGUGAUGGUAGUGGUUGUGUUUCUAUUUAUGGGCUUAAGUUUGAGGAUGAAAAUUUUAUUGCGAAACAUACUGGCCCGGGUCUACUUUCAAUGGCAAAUAGUGGGCCAAAUACCAACGGUUGUCAGUUUUUCAUCACUUGUGCAAAAUGCGACUGGCUCGACAAUAAGCAUGUUGUAUUUGGGAGGGUAAUUGGAGAUGGUCUUUUGGUUGUCCGAAAGAUUGAGAAUGUUGCUACGGGACCCAACAAUCGACCAAAACUGCCAUGUGUUAUUGCAGAAUGUGGAGAAAUGUAG